AUGAGCAAAUAUACCUUGUCCUCUUGGCCAUACCACAAGCACUGCUGUACGGUGCCCAAGAAUGCUGAAUCUUUUCACAGAAAUGUCAUAGUUAAUCCCAGUUCCAGCUGCAGUGGCUGCUUGUUAGCGCAUCCUUCAUAUGGCAUUAGCCCACUUCUCACAAGAAGGUGUUUGUGUUGCAGCUGCUGUCCCUUUCUUCUUAAUCCAAAAUGUAGGGCAGGACAGAAUUUGGGGAGAUCACUGGAUGUUGGUAGUCCUGUUCUGGCAAAAAAAGAAAAUGACUGUUAUUAUUACCAAGGAACAAUCAUAAAAGAUUUAGAGGAAGGUGAGCAAAGAUCAUUUCUGGUACAAUUUGCAAUGGGGCAAGAUAAACCUUAUUUGCAAAAAACAGCCGGCAGGGAUAUCUUUGAAUGUGUGAAUGGAAUGAGACAUUCCAUCCUGCCUGGUGAUAAAGUGAUGGCCCCCUGGGAACCAGAGCAGAAGAGGUAUGGGCCAGGAACUGUCCUCCAGGGCAUGGAGACCAGAGACCCUCUGCGAGAAAAAGAAGAUGAGCAAAUUACAGUCAGCUUUUGGAAUGGGAAGAAAGCCAAAGUUCCAUUAGGCCUCGCUUUAUGGAUUUCUCCAGUGCGGUGGGAGACAAUUGUAGAGAGGAUCCAUAUGCCAUACACAAGCAGGAAGCAGUUUGAGGGGCCACUUCACAGGCCUGGCUGCUACAAUUGUUCACAUGGAAUUAUUCCAGCUUGUGUUCUGUGUGAUUUCCAAAGGUGCUGGUGCACAUGUUGCUGUUUUACCCGUCCUUGCUGUGGUGAUUUUCAUCACACAUGCUUAUUGCCUAGACACAGGCAAUGUGUAUCCUGUUGCUGCCACUGCUACUCUAAAUACAGUGGCUGGUGGACAUGGCCCUCUUUAGCCGAAUUAACCUCCGGAGAUUUUAAAAAAGAAUUCACUAGUAAGCCUUGUAAGCCUACAACACCAUUCUUAGCAAUAGAAGCCUCUCCUGAAGCAGAACAUGAUACUGUGCUACCCAGUUCUUCCUCAUCCUCCUCAGAGUCUCAAUGUGAAAGGGACAAAAGUAGCACUGAGAACACAAUGGUAGAUCGUGCAGUGAACACAGAUUCUAGUCUUUUUGAAAACCUCACCUUACAGGAAACCAGAAGACCAGAGUGGAAGUACUGGAAGAGAAGCCAACCCACCUUUGUUUAUAAAAGCCAAGGAGCCAACACUGUCAGUAGCAGCUGCAGAAAAGAAAGAGCUGACAACAAAGCCAUUUCAUCUGCAGAUGGAUUUCCACCAAUUUUGUACAACCACAGUGCUAUAUUUGAAACCAUUGAACAGUCUCGUCAAAGGGAUCUUUCGAUGAAGAAAAUCUUAAGCCAUGGAAUUACUAGCUCAUCAUGGGGAGGUUAA